AUGGUCAAGCACUCGAACAAGCUCAAGCGUGCGGACCGUCGAGCACCCGACCCGGGUCUGCAGGUCGACUUUGAACCCACUGCCUCCGCCGCCGACAAGCCCAAGCCGGCCGAACCGUUCAAGCCGUUCCAGCACGCUCAAGCGCAACCCUCGAAGAAGCGCACCGCAUCAGCACCCACAGGCAAGGCGGCACGCGACAAGAAACUCAAGGCCAUCGAACGCGCCGACAAGACCAACCAAAAGUUCACCGUCAACAAGGCCAAGGCCGAACGCAAGAAGCUCAUGAAGAGCUAG